AUGAAGAUAGCUAUCACUGGAGCCCGUGGGAGCGUAGGACGCGUCCUGGUCAAGGUGUGCGCGGAAGCAGGACACCACACUGUCCAGAUCAACCGGACCGAGCAGCCCCCUGGUGACGUGCCCAACACCGAAAUGCGCACGGCCGACGUGGCACAGAGCUACAGGCAAACCGUCGACGCCUUCAGGGACUGUGACGCAGUCAUUCACCUCGCCGCAAUCCCCAAUCCUGUCAACAAGGACGAUUACCUCGUCCACAACAACAACGUUGACUCCGCGUUCAACGGCUUCCGGGCCGCCGCGGAGGUCGGGAUCCAGCGCUUCUGCUACGCCUCGUCGGUCAACGCCAUCGGUCUUGCUUUUUCCAACCAACCAUUACACUUCGACUACUUCCCUCUGGACGAAGAAGCCCCACCACAUCCCACGGACUCGUAUGCCCUCGCGAAACGAGAAGCGGAGAUCCAGGGCCAAGCCUUCGCCGAGUGGUUCCGCGGGAUGAAGAUCGCCUGUCUGCGGAUCCACGAGGUGUCGCCCCUGGAAAGGGUCCAAAAGGUCCACCAGAAUGACUGGGAGCAUGCUGGGGUGAAGCAGCUCUGGGGGUGGGUGAAUCCGGUGGCUACCGCGCGGGCGUGCCUGCUGGCCGUGGAGAAAUGCGACAAUUGGGAGGGGUGCGAGAUUUUCAAUAUUGUUGCUCCGACGACCACGCAGGACAUACCGUCAGAGGAGCUGGCGCGAAAGUACUUUCCUGACGCUGAGAUCCGGGCUGACAUGUCGGGUAACCAAGGAUUCUGGACAACAGAGAAGGCGGAGCGACUGAUGGGAUGGGUGCAUUUUGAGAAGGAAUAG